AUGCCAUUAAAGCCUACUUUAGCUUCUGAAAAUACUGCUGGAGGAACACCAAUCAAGAGUGGAAUAUUACGUCGAAUAAAUCCAAUCAUUUUCUUAACCAUUUGUUGUACAAUAUUGAUUCUAAUAAUUUUUACAGCAUUGUUUCUUUUGACAUUUCUACCAAUAUUUACAUCAGCUACAGGAAAUCAAACAAAAUAUCAAGUUCAAAGUGAUGUUCUCACUCUGGUUUAUAAUCUACCAGAACGAUUAUCUAUAUUACCAAUGAAUUGGACAUAUGUAACAGAUAAUUUAGAAUCAGAUAAGAUAUCGAUUCUUCAAAAUCUGCUUCAAACUGAACUUAAUAAUAAGAAAGUAACAAAAAAAACGAGUGUCGUUAUAACGGAAGCUUAUAUUACCGCUGAAAAUUCAUUACCAAGCAGUUUAUCAGCAAAUUCAUCUACUCCUCUUGACAGUAAUAAUAAUACAGUUAUCAUUAUAACUCGACCAGAUAGUAAUAGAAAAAGUAAUUCGACACCACCACAAUUAAAAAUUUCAUUGAUGCUUCGUUAUGCACUGGAAUGUGCUAAACGAUGUCAAACGAAUAUGAAAGAAUCAAUUUUGUCAAAAAUAUUCUAUGAUUUAGAAUUACCAAUUGAUAUUUUUCGAAUAUUAUUUAUAAACAAAAUGAAUACUUUGAUAAAUUCUUCAUGGUCAAGUACUGGAUCAACAAUAGUUAUGCCUUGUAUUGUUAACAAUCCUUCGUCGACAUCAGUAUCAUCAAUAAUUAUGGCUAUCAGUUAUGAAGCUGAAUCAUCAUUAAAUACAUUUAUUUCGACAACAAUUCAAUCAUGUUCAAUUUGUUCAGGUGAACAAAAUGUUGGUAAUAUUGGUUUUAAUAAUGAACUUAUCUUUCAACAAAUUAUUAGUCAACAUGGUGGUUCAACAAUAGUUAUUAUUUAUUAUACAACUGAUCGUAUACGAUCAGCUGAAAUAAUCGUCAAUAAUUUAUAUCCUUCAAUUCAUGUUAUAUUUCCAAUGAUGUUAUCAAAUCAAAAUAUUGCUUCAUUACCUAUUACACUUAAUCUAUGUCAAGGAUUCAAUUCAAUUCGUAUUUAUAAUCCAAAUGACUAUACACCGAUUUUCGAUCGAAUUGUUGUUUAUUGA